CUUCUCUCUCUCUCUCUCUCUCUCACACAAACCAAUUUCAAUUUCGCUAAUAAAUCUUGAUAAUGGGUAGCCAUGGGAAACAAAAUGGUCUCGGUGCUGAGUUUUGUGUCAAAGAGGAUCCAUUGAACUGGGGGAUAGCGGCGGAAUCAUUGAAGGGUAGUCAUCUGGAUGAGAUCAAGCGGAUGGUGGCGGAGUUUAGGAGGCCGAUAGUGAGAUUAGGCGGAGAAACGUUGACUGUAUCGCAGGUGGCGGCGAUCGCGGCGACGGACGACGGUGGUGUGAAGGUGGAGUUGUCGGAGUCGUCGAGGGCGGGAGUGAAGGCGAGUAGUGAUUGGGUGAUGGAGAGCAUGGGUAAAGGGACUGAUAGCUAUGGUGUCACCACCGGGUUUGGUGCCACCUCUCACCGGAGGACCAAAGAAGGUGGCGCUCUUCAGAAGGAACUCAUCAGAUUUUUGAACGCCGGAAUAUUCGGCAACGGCACGGAAUCAAGCCACACUCUGCCACAUUCAGCGACAAGGGCAGCAAUGCUAGUGAGGAUCAACACCCUCCUCCAGGGUUACUCCGGCAUCCGGUUCGAGAUCUUGGAAGCCAUCACCAAGUUCCUCAAUCACAACGUCACCCCUUUUCUGCCUCUUCGUGGCACCAUCACCGCCUCCGGCGACCUUGUUCCCUUGUCCUACAUCGCCGGCCUUCUCACCGGUCGAUCCAACUCCAAGGCCAUUGGUCCCACCGGAGAAGUCCUUAAUGCGGAAAAAGCCUUCGCUGAAGCCGGUGUUGAAGGUGGGUUCUUCGAGUUACAACCUAAAGAAGGACUAGCACUUGUCAACGGCACCGCCGUUGGAUCGGGGAUGGCAUCGAUGGUUCUUUUUGAAGCUAAUGUGCUUGCAUUGCUGUCGGAAGUCUUAUCGGCUAUGUUUGCCGAAGUUAUGCAGGGGAAGCCGGAGUUUACUGAUCAUCUGACACACAAAUUGAAGCAUCACCCCGGCCAAAUCGAAGCUGCAGCCAUCAUGGAAUACAUUUUGGAUGGAAGCGAUUAUGUUAAGGCUGCACAAAAGGUCCACGAGAUGGACCCCUUGCAGAAACCCAAACAAGAUCGUUACGCACUCCGAACAUCGCCCCAGUGGCUCGGACCACAAAUCGAAGUUAUUCGAUCAGCCACUAAAAUGAUCGAGAGGGAGAUCAACUCUGUCAACGAUAACCCAUUGAUCGAUGUUUCAAGAAACAAGGCCAUUCAUGGUGGCAACUUCCAAGGAACCCCAAUUGGUGUUUCCAUGGAUAACACACGUUUGGCCAUCGCUGCGAUUGGGAAACUUAUGUUCGCCCAAUUCUCCGAGCUUGUCAAUGAUUUUUACAAUAACGGGUUGCCUUCGAAUCUCUCCGGUGGGCGUAAUCCAAGCUUGGAUUACGGGUUCAAAGGUGGAGAAAUCGCCAUGGCUUCAUACUGUUCCGAGCUCCAGUUUCUUGCAAAUCCGGUGACUAACCACGUCCAAAGCGCAGAACAACACAACCAAGAUGUGAACUCUUUGGGCUUGAUUUCCGCAAGAAAAACAGCCGAAGCAGUCGAUAUCUUAAAGCUCAUGUCAUCCACAUACUUAGUAGCCCUCUGCCAAUCCAUAGACUUGCGCCAUUUGGAGGAAAACCUGAAAGCCACCGUGAAGAACACGGUGAGCCAAGUAGCCAAGAAGGUCCUAACCACCGGCGUCAAUGGCGAGCUCCACCCUUCAAGAUUCUGCGAAAAAGACUUGCUUCGUGUGGUCGACAGGGAGUAUGUGUUUGCAUACGUAGACGACGCUUGCAGCGCCACGUACCCAUUAAUGCAGAAGCUCCGACAAGUCCUCGUCAACCACGCUCUAAACAACGGCGAGAGUGAGAAAGACGCCGGAACCUCCAUCUUCCAAAAGAUAGGUGAUUUUGAAAACGAACUGAAAACCCUUUUGCCAAAAGAGGUGGAGGGAGUUAGAAGCGCAUACGAGAACAGCUCAUUGUCGAUUCCAAACCGGAUAAAGGCAUGUAGAUCGUACCCGUUGUAUAGGUUUGUGAGGGAGGAGCUCGGAGGCGGGUUCUUGACCGGCGAGGAGGCGACUUCUCCGGGAGAAGAGUUCGAUAAGGUGUUCACGGCAAUGUGCAAAGGUGAAAUCAUCGAUCCAUUGUUGGAAUGUGUUGAAGGAUGGAAUGGUGUUCCACUUCCGAUUUGUUAGUUUUGUUUUGUGUAUACAUAUUUGAGGUCAUGGGUUUGUCCAUCGUGUAUCUAUGUCUGUUUGUACCAACUUAACUCGUUUGAUUCAAUUUGUACCUUUUGUUUCGUAAAUGGAAAGAGAUACAUUUGCGCAUGUC